AUGGACAGCAUCCUAGACAAAGGCUAUGCAGAGGAGAUUACAAAUGCUGAAAGUGAAACAAAAAAUGAACGUAUUUGGUAUUUACCUCAUCAUGGAGUCAGACAUCCAGUGAAAGAAAAGCUGCGUGUUGUUUUUGAUUGCGGAGCCAGCUUUGGUGGAACAUCUUUGAAUCAGGAACUGCUGCAAGGACCAGAUUUAACAAGUUCAUUAAUCGGAGUACUUUUAAGAUUUCGUCAAGAGAUGGUUGCCAUGUUGGCUGACGUGGAGGCUAUGUUUUAUCAAGUUCAAGUGAGUGACUCUGAGACAGACCUCCUCAGAUUCCUCUGGUGGCCUCAUGGGGACUACAGUCAGCAGCUGGUGGAACACAAGAUGAAAGUACAAAUUUUUGGAGCUACUUCGUCACAAAGUGUAGCCACAUUUGCAAUGCAGAAAUGUGCUUUGGAUUUUGGAGAAGAGUUCCGCCAAGAAGCUGUCCAGACCAAAUUACUGGCUAAAGGAGGCUUCAGAAAAACAAAGUGGUCAAGUAACAGCCGAAAACUGCUCAACACUAUUCCAGCCAGUGAACGAGCUCACGGAUUUCAAGAUUUGGAUUUGGAUCAAGACUAUUUACCGUUAGAGAGAGCCCUGGGAAUACAGUGGUGUGCAGAAACUGACAAAUUCAAGUUUAAGAUCAACAUCAAAGAGCGCCCGCACACCAGAAGAGGACUACUUUCCCUGGUCAGUUCCAUCUUUGAUCCACUAGGACUCCUCGCUCCAGUUAUCUUGCCAGCCAAGAGACUUCUCCAGGAGAUCUGUCACUUGAAAUACUCCAGGGAUGAAGAGCUGCCAGACAGCAUUAUUAAGAUCUGGACUAAGUGGCUUUCUGGACUCAAGCAGCUGGAUGGAUUUGGAGUGGAUCGAUGUAUUAAAACCAGGCUCUUUGGCUCAUCCGUCUCAGCACAGCUUCACCAUUUUGCUGAUGCGAGUGAAGAUGCUUAUGGCACAGCGAGCUACCUGGUACUGCACACCUCUAAAAGUGACACACAUUCCACUCUCCUGAUGGCCAGAGCCAGAGUUGCACCACUGAAAACUCCUACUGUCCCACGGCUGGAGCUAACUGCAGCCACAGUUGCAGUGAAGAUGGAUAAGCUGCUAAGAAAGGAGUUGGAGGUGGAGCUUGUGGACUGUUUUUUGGACUGA